AAUUGCGGAGAGAGAGAGAGAGAAAGAGGGGAGAGAGAGAGAGAAGAAAAAGAUCGCAAACACAUCCAACUUUACUCGAGGAAACCCGGAGCUCAGCAGCUGAACGAUGGGUCGGAGCUGUUUGCAAUGCAUGAAGUACCUGAUGUUUGUCUUCAACCUCAUCUUCUGGCUGGGAGGAUGUGGGAUCCUGGGAGUCGGCGUGUGGCUGGCUGUGACUCAGGGUAACUUCGCCACCCUCUCCUCCUCCUUCCCCUCCCUCACCGUGGCCAACCUCUUCAUCGCCUCCGGCUCCGUCAUCAUGGUGGUGGGUUUCAUCGGCUGCCUGGGAGCCAUGAAGGAGAACCGUUGCCUCCUGCUGACCUUCUUUAUCGUGCUGCUGAUUAUCUUUGUGCUGGAGCUGAUUGUGGGAACCCUUUUCCUCGUUUACAAGGAGAGGAUUAACUCUUACGCUAAAGACGACUUGAAGAAAGGACUCAAAUUUUACGACAAGCCGGACAACAGGGGCCUGACCAAAGCCUGGGAUCUGGUACAGGUUAAGUUUCAGUGUUGUGGUGUCACCAAUUACACCGACUGGUUCGGUGUUUUCAACGAGUCCAAAGUGCCGGAAGCCUGCUGUCCUGCACAAGGGCCUCACUGCUCAGAACACGCCGAGAAGUGGUGGAAAAUGCCAUGCUACGACACGGUGAUCAAUUGGCUGAAGGAAAACGUCCUGGCCGUCUGCAUAUUCGGGUUGUGUAUCGCGGUGCUUCAGAUCCUGGGACUCAUCUUCUCUUUGGUGAUGUAUUGCCAACUGGUCAAAGGGGAGGAUAAUGAUUAUUUUUACUGAGCAAAGGCCUCUUCCUCUCGGGACUUGGGCUGUGGGACCAACAACAACUUACAUUUAUACGGCGCCCUUCCCUUCGUGUCUCGGAGAACCAACCGCUUUGUUCACGUGAAGGGCAGGAGCGACCCCUCAGCACUUUCAACUUCAAGGAUUCUUCGUUCCUUACAACCAGUACUUAAACGUGGAACUGUCCUAAAGGGUCGGGGUAGGGGCCGGGGUGGGGGGGG